AUGGCUGAAUCUAGAGCUUACGACGACAAGGAGGAGCCAGCGAUGCCGAUACAUACGAACACGCCUGGCAGCCUCCCAGUGGUCACCAAGGAAACGGAUCAGAGACCAAACGACUCGAGCGCAAUCUCCCAGAACGGUUCGUUCAAAUUUGAGAGGCUCCCAGCUUCACUGCCCAGCGACAUCGAGCCCCAGUCACUCGGCCAACUCGGCAUUUUGGACCUUGCCGACGAGCUGUUGAUCAACAUAUUCGGCCAUGCGAAAGACUCUGCUGAUAUCAGAAACAUUCGUCUGACUUGUCGUCGAUUCUGCAGCACAAGUUCCCAUCUCUUGCUUGACUGCCUCGACCUGUGUUUGACAGCAGCUUCGCUGGCCCGUGCUCAGGAGAUAUCCUGCCACCCUAUCGUAUCGAAAGGCAUUCGCGUCCUUCACAUCAGUCUAAAAUCCCGCAGAAAUCUUAGAGAUACCACAAGGUUCAUGUACUUGGCCAUCCAGGAUCUCCGGGGAAACAUCAAUUCGGUGCUGAGGAAUCCCCAGAGUGCUCUCGAGAAUGGAAACUUCGCUUCCUCCGCCGAGUUUCAACCAAUUUUUGUGGAGAGACAGCGUCUCCUGGGCUCCUGGUGUCAGUAUACGGAGACACGGAAAUGCUCCACACAUCAGCAACGCCUUGACGUCGAAGUCCUACGCCGAGGCUAUGAGAAGUACCGAAUGACGUAUGAAUGGCAGCGACGUACUAUCAAGGACGGAACAUAUACGCAGGCCAUUGCGGCGGCAGUAGGACGGAUAUCAAGGGUCACCAAGCUUCUCUUCACGAACAAAUUCCGAUACCGAGAAGGGUCACCAGGAUUUCACGCAAAUCUGUGGAGGCAUCAUACUAGCGCUUCUGAUGUUCUUGAUGAGAGAAUGAUGCUGUCCAUCGGUGCGUCCUUGGGCCCAGAGGUUAAGCCGACAGAGCUCACAGCCCAGGUGCCACUGGCACUCCACGCAGCAGGUUUCCCAGCAGCCGAGGUUGAAGUUCAAUACGUCACUCAGUCUGGAAUUUGGCCUAACUCUACAUGGAUUGGCGAUCAAGCCCAACUACAUGGUCUGAAGGCUGCGGCUGAGAGCCUGAAAGUCUUCACUUUCGAGAUUCGCAUGUGGUGCUCGAGCCCCUCGGAGCACAUUUCCAGUGCUUCAACAUAUCUUCGCGCUGUAUUAGAAGCAGCAAACCUUGAAGUGCUUACACUUUCGGUUCCUUCCACAUUCGAUUCGGAUGAACAUAUCGGAUCUUUGUUGGCGUCCCUUCGUUGGCCUCAUCUCCGAGAAAUCAAUCUGGCCUUUAUUUCGUUCCACCUCAGCGAACUGAAGAGGUUCGUGGAGGGUUUUCGACCUGGAAUUUUCCUCAACCUCAAGCGGGUGGAGCUGCGCAGCGGGUCCUGGGCUGAAGGGUUGGACGUAUUGCGUACUAAAGCGAAUCCAGAGUCCCAGGUAGGCUCUCUUUCAGGUGCAGAAUGCAAUUCUAUGGCUUCCGAUCAACUACAACGAAUAUUGGAUGGUGGACAGGCGAGUUUGGCCAGCCAGUACGUUCAAGGUGUCCCGAUCCGCAACCCCUUUCUAGUGACGCAGGACGAGACGAUAGAUGAGGAAACAAAUACCGAUACCAUUUGA